AUGGAGGCCAAGAUUGAAGAGAGCAGCUUGUGGCCUUACUGGACAGGUGCUUGGCCUGAUAGCCACCUGCUUGAAGAGGAAGCGCUCCUCUCCGGCCUCUCCUUACCAAGCUUGCACUUCCACCCAUCGUGCUCGACCAUUACAUCCAGCAACAUUCUGCAAGGUGAGCUCGACGCCAUCUUUGAGGAUGAUGUGCUGAGGCAUUGGGAUGACAUGGAGCAGCAGUCUGACAACAAGGUACAGAUUGAAGGCAACGAGAGGCUGCCGCUGCUUUGCUACGCCGAGGAGGAGAAGGAAGUGUCCUCGAACACUAAGGUCGUCAGAGCAGCAGGCCAGCAAGUGAGGGCAGAGGAACCGGUCCUCACGUUCGAGCUCGUGUCGCAGUACUUCUACAUGCCGAUCAUGCAGGCGGCGCGGGAGCUCAACGUCGGCCUCACCCUCCUCAAGAAGAGGUGCAGGGAACUGGGCAUCCCUAGGUGGCCACAUCGCAAGAUGAAGAGCCUGCAGUCCCUCAUCAAGAAUGUCCAGGUCCUGCAGGAGGCGGGCAAGGCGACCGAUGAGGAGCAGCUGAGGGCGGUGGUGGAGAUGCUGCAGCAGGAGAAGCAGCUCCUGGAGCAGAGGCCGUAUGUGCAGCUGGAUGAGAAGACCAAGAGGCUCAGGCAGGCCUGCUUCAAGAACAGCUACAAGAAGAGACGGCUCUUGUCUCUCAAAGGAGGGGAGGCAGCACCAAGAAUCCACGAGUAG